GCACUACUUUCUGCAAAGUUAGCGAGACGCCGUACCAGGACAGUAGUCAAUCACCAGCAACUGAAUAUAUAACUAUGUCCACCUUGGAGGAAACAUUCCUCCCCGACGAAUUCGGCAGAGCAAAUGGUCACAUCUCUGAUAGCGACGAACAGAGCGACUAUGAUGAGGAAGCAGGAAUGGGACUACCCCCGGCCAUGACGGGUGAGACACCACAGCAAUUCCCAGGAGGCCAGUCGCAAACGGGACCGAAGGGGGUGUUGGCAGAUUAUAAGCAAUUUUGCCGCGAAAGAGAUCAAGACAAGAGAGUGAAGGAUGCGCAAUUAAUAGAAAUGGCUAAACGGAUGACUCUUUCAAAGGCAGAAAGCGACAGUGACGACGAUUUUUUAGAUGAUGAUGAGGAAUAUAUGCAACAAUACCGUCAAAGACGUAUAGACGAGAUGAAGCACAUUAUGAAUGCACGACCCAAAUUCGGUAGUCUUCGUACAGUCACAAGCGAAUCAUACCUGCAAGAAAUCGAUGGCGAGGACGUCAACGUUUUCGUCGUCGUCCAUCUGUACAAGCAGUCGCUGCACGAGUGCCAAAAAAUGAAUGAGAUUCUUGAGCAACUGGCAGCCCGGUAUUCGUACGUCAAAUUUUUGAAAGCUGAAGCGCAUCGUCUCAGUCAAAAGUUCUCAUCGGGGGCAGGUCUUCCGGCCAUACUGGUGUAUCAAGGCGGUGAUCUACAAGUGAAUCAGGUAGCAGUCGUAGACACAAUUGGAUCAGACUUCGUCAUUGCAGAUGUAGAGGAACUCUUGGCCAACAAUGGCAUCAUAAUAGAAAGGAAGUCUGUGAAUAACAUCACGGAUUUCCGUGACGAUGAAUAACCCUUCUCUGGCACAGCUCAGUCACGCCAAACAACUAUAACUUCGGGUUUCGUGGGAAGCAGAAAGGUGCAUCUGCGUCGAAAAGGUUCAAAUAAGAAUAUCAGUAGGCGGAUCUGUUGCGUGAUUGUUAUAACAGCGGGUUAUCCAUCACGAUACCCCCUCCUGCAUCCUGUUCUCUUCUUGAUUCCCACUCAUACAAAGAUUAUAUCAAUGCCAGUACAUCACAUACUCCUACGGUUUUGUAAAUCGUGCAUAUUUGGCUAACAAGAUAUGUGAGAUAGUUGAAAAGCAGAAUAUGUAUUUAGACUUUCAACACAAAGCCACUACUCUGCUCAUGAAUUAAAAUAAAAUUUAUUAUAAAAAACUACCGCGUGUGACUGUUGUCUUUCUCACUGCACUCAGAGCGAGUGCCAGUCUUCCGAUAGGUCGACAUUUCCUUCUUUAAGCGUGGGGCUGAGCUUGGUAUCUAUCAGCUGUUUGGCCAUUUCUAGAUCGACGUCCUCCGGUAUUUUUAGGUCCUCACACAAUUCACUCACGAUGUCAUCUAUGACCACACCGACUUUCUCGACGACAUUGUACGGAGCAGAGCUGUAGACCACCAUGGGGUAACGCGAGCGGAACACUUCUGGCCCGAAGUGAGAUGUGAGCACACCUUCCACACGCUUUUUCAGUAUAAACUUUUCGUUCGCGACCAGGUCACGCAUCUCUAUGUAGUUCUCCAACGCCAUAUUGGCGAUCGCGUCUCCGGCAGGCUUGCGCAAGCCAUGGAAUUCGUCGUAAACACUCUUCAGAUUACCUUCGUGCUUCUUCAGUAACUUGUAGAAUGUGAGACAGUCUUCAAAACCUGAAUUGCAACCCUGACCAAAGAAUGGCACGAUCGCGUGCGCAGAAUCACCAAGCAGGCACACCUUGUCCUCGAAUUUCCACAUUUCUGUUCGCACGGUUCCCAGGAUUCCGACUGGGUUCGCGUUCCACUCCUUUGUGAUCUUCUCUAGACCCCCCAAAAGCGGAAUGGCGUCUGAAUAACUUUCCGUGAAGAAGUCGGCAAGCUUCUGUUUGUUGUCCUCACCCGUCAAAGCUUCAAAGCUCACCUUUCCCCCGGUUUUGGGCAUGUAGAAUGUACCGGUGAACGAACCGUCCAGGUUAGCUAACCCCAUGAGCAUGUGCGUACCUCGAGCCCAGAUAUGCAAAGCAUCACCGCGCAUGUCCUCACACCCAGAAACGUCCUUUGGGAACUGUAGCUCCUUAUAGCCAUCCGGCAGCAGAUCUUCGGUAAAGUUUGUGACCCCGUGGUCUCUCAUUGCGUAUCUGACAGCACUACCACCACCAUCACAGCCCAAAAUGGUGUCGCACUGCACAUCUACCACUUCCCCACUGGCUACUUCAAAGUGCGCGACUGAGUUCUUAAGGUCGACCUUCUUGAGGCCGUGUGAAAAAUGAAUUUUAACACCGGAUUUCUCCGCCUCUGUCAUCAGAUACUUGUUCAGCUCCGAGCGGGAUAUGGAGAAGUUGCAUUCCUCUGGAUCCUUACCAUACGCAGUGUAGGUAAGAUCACCUUCCACCGAAUGCAUCAUUCUCCCGGUUACAGGUGUGGCUAUCUUCAGCAGAUCAUCUCGCAUACCCUCCAACCCAGGGAUGUUCAGUGCACGUAAGCCUCUUGCAGUCAAGACCAAGUUGAUGGAGCGCCCGCCAACAAAGUCUUUGGCUCGCAUGUCACCCCAUUUUUCAUACACGUUAACUUCAUACCCAUCCUUAGCUAGUAUGGCACUGAUAAGGCACCCCACCAGCCCGGCGCCGCAUACCACAACAGUUGGCUUCUGACUGGAAGGCAUUAUUAGUUUCAAUUUGACUAGAUGUUUAUAUUAUAGACAAUGCAAAAUAUGACAUGCUAUUUGGCGAGUAUUUUCAUGAUGAUCAUGAUAAAAAGCUCCAAAAAAG